GAACGACUCGUAUGUAUUGUCAUAUUAUGUAUUAAUAACAAUACAGUACUGUAUUAUUGUUUGCAUUAUUAUUAUUAUUACUGUUAUUAUUGUGUUUAGUAUUUAGCGGUUAAUUAAAUCAAAUAUUAACAGUAAAAUCAAUUGAUUAGUUGGUCACUAAAACAAACAAACAAACAAUUGUGGCCACAGUUUAGUCCGGUUUCUUACGAUUGAUGUCAAAGCGUAAGAAAUCUUCGAUCGAUGAGUUAGCCGCCGGCGACGGAAACGGUCGCAGCGGUGAUGUCCGUAGCGAACGAAUUCGGGCCAAACGUAUGCUCUCGGGUGGACUAAUGUCGGCAGCGGUAGCGGCACUCAAGUACGAAACCGACUCGGAUAUGGACGCCAGCGUCCAGAGUACCAAUACCAGCAAUUACGGCGAUGAAACUACCAACGACGAUGUGACCACUUUUUCCGAUCCGGAAGACGCCGAAAACAAUCCGCAGUGGCAGCUGUUUGAAGCCAUUUGUAAUCACUCGACGCCAGCGGGAACCGCACUAUCGGAUCCGUUCAUGAGGUUACCGUCGCGACGGUUCUAUCCGGACUACUAUCAGGAGAUCAAACGUCCCAUGUCUUUGGCCAAAAUCAGAGCCAAAAUUAAGACCGGUGCCUACAACAAUGUGACCAAUUUGGUAGAGGACUUGAGUUUGACGUUUGAAAAUGCCAUGAAAUACAACAGACCCGACAGCAAGAUAUUCAAGGACGCCAUGAAGUUGAAGAAAGUACUUCAAGUGAAAGCACAAGAGAUACUGAACAUCACUAUUAAGGACACGCUAUCCGAUGACAGUGACAGCGACGACGACAAUAGUAAAAGCGGUUUCGGUGUCAAACGGCUGAAGAAACAGUCGUCGAAUCCGUUGACACACGAACUGAAGAAAGCCAGGCGUUCGCAGAUGGAUAUCGAUGCUCAGCUCAAGAAGCGUAUGAAAGCACUCUAUAAAGCACUUUGCGAUUAUAACGACGAUAGCGGACGUUCACUAAUCCAGAUGUUUAUGGAAAAGCCGUCGAAAAAGAUUUAUCCCGACUAUUAUGAAGUGAUUACUAAUCCGAUUGAUAUGAAAACUAUUGAAUCAAAUAUCAAAUGGGAAAGAUAUCCCAAUGAAGAAGUGUUGAUAAACGACUUUAAGUUAAUGUUUAGUAAUUGUAAACAAUAUAAUGAAGACAAUUCACAGAUAUAUAAGGAUAGUGUAACACUCGAGAGCCUAUUGAUGGAUAAGCUCAGAGAAUUGGGACCAUUUGAGCCGAAAUCUAAAAAGACUAAAGAUAAGGCAUCGAUCAAUCUUAUCAAACAAAAGCUGAUAACUCUAUACAAUACUGUCAAAGAUUAUAACGAUGCAAAAGGACGUCAAUUGUCGACACUAUUUAUGAAACUUCCGUUAAAGACAGAAAUGCCAGAGUAUUAUGAAAUAAUCAAAAAACCAGUCGGUUUAGAGAAAAUUGGUGUCCGAUUGAAAAAUAAUAUCUACGAAACACUUGAAGAUCUGCUAUCGGAUAUUAUAUUGAUGUUAGACAAUGCCUGUAAAUAUAAUGAACCCGACUCUCAGAUAUACAAAGACGCCCUAACACUACAACAAGUGGCUCUUCAGACUAAAAUUGAUUUGACCGAAGAUAACGGUACCGGUAUUCCCGAUGUUAAAGCUAUUAUCCAAGAGUUGUUGACAAAUCUGUUUAUUUCUGUCUAUAAUCAUCAGGACGAAGAGGGACGUUGUUAUAGUGACUCUAUUAUUGAAUUAUCAGAAACUGAUCAGAAAACUACUGAUUUAUCAUUUACUGAAAGUUUACCAUCGCUUAAUUUGGAUACAAUUAAACGAAAUCUGGAUAAAGGAAAAUAUCGGCGAUUGGAUCGCUUCCAGAAAGACAUGUUCGAAGUGUUCGAAAGGGCUCGUCGUGUCAGUCGAACUGAUUCGCAGGCAUUCGAAGAUUCGGUGGAAUUGCAAACGUAUUUCAUUUAUCUGCGAAACGAACUGUGCAGACACGGCAAGACACUGGAAUCGUUGGCACUGAAGUACUCGGCCGAGACAUUGUUCGCCGAUGUGGACGCACUCAAACAGGAAAAGAUACGAACAGAGCAAACACUGGACGAUUCGAAAGAGUCGGAAAAAGAGUUGGAAGAAAGUAUACUCUCUGUUCUGCCAACGGAUGGUGACAGUAGUGUCGAAAAUGAGAUGACUGUCAAAGAUAUGGCCAUAAAAGUCGGUGAUUUUGUGUACAUUGAACCGCGCGAAAAGAAUCUCGAACCGCAUAUUAUUUAUAUUGAAAAAUUCAAUAAAGACGAAAACGGCGAGCACUGGAUCUAUGGCCGCUGGUUCUUCAGGCCGUACGAAACGUUUCAUAUUGCGUCGAAAAAGUUUCUCGAAAAAGAGGUCUUCAAAAGCGAUAGUUUUAAUAGUACGCCAUUGAGUCAAGUGGUGGGUAAAUGUUGUGUAAUGUUUGUAAAGGAUUACUUCAGAUGCAAACCACAGGAAUUUGACGAUAAAGAUAUCUAUGUCUGCGAAUCGCGUUAUUUUACGCGCACUAAGACGUUCAAGAAGAUCAAGGUAUGGCCAUUCUUGCAGAACUUAAUGAUGACGCCCAGAGAGACACCGUUGCCAAUGAUUAGAGUGCCGUCGGUUUUCAAAGAUCAGACCGAUAAAAUCAAAAUCGAAGUCGAAGAGGAACCCGAAGAAGUAGGUGCUGUCAAAGUGUUGGACAUUGAUCGGCCAAAUGUCUUGUGCGAUCUACCGGAAGGUGCCUCGGCUGACGAUGGCUAUACUUAUUACGAACAGUUUACCAUACCGUCGGGAACCUAUAAAUUAGGUGACUGUAGUUAUGUCCGAACCGAUACCGGGCGUAACCUAAUCUGUCGUAUCGACCGAAUAUGGGUCGACAAGGAAGGCAACGCCUACUUUCACGGGCCGUGGUUUGUCCAGCAGCCAGAACUGCCACCACUGAUAUUCAAAUCAUUUUACGAACAAGAAGUCUUUCUGAGUUCGAUUGAGGACACGAAUCCAUUGUUGAGUAUCUGCGAGCGUUGCGCUGUUGUUGAGUACAAAGAUUUUAUUGCUCGCCGACCGACAGAAAUACCGGAAAAAGAUAUCUAUGUCUGUGAGUCGCGAUAUCUCGAACACGAGAAAAAGUUUCAGAAACUGAUUAAAGGAUUGCCAACAUUUGCUGGCAAUCGUCCCGGUGUAGCUGAAGACGAGAUUUAUUACUUUAGAAAGCCGUUAGUUUUGCAAAAGACCACCGAAAACGGAGCGCCAGUGUCGCCGGCAGUAUCGCGAAAGUCGUUGCCAGUUGACAACUUGACGGCUACUAUUGAACGAGUUUCGGCCGAUACCGAAGGCGAAGAGACUAACGACACGACUAUCACAACAAUUGUCGAGCCAACAGUUCCGACACCCGGUCCGACUGUCAUUAGAAAACGAUUACCCAAACGUCUUGUAACCGGUUAUAUAGUGUUUGCCAGCGAAGUAAGAAAAUCUGUGGUUCAGGCCAACCCUGAAUGUUCGUUCGGUGACGUUAGUCGUAUCAUUGGAACCGAAUGGAAGAAUUUGCCGUUACCUCAAAAGGCCGAAUACGAACAGAAGGCUCAACGACAAAAUGAGGAAACGGCCAGAGAGGUAGCCGCUGCCAAUGCUGCAGCCGCUUUGGCCAAUGAUAUGCCAAACUCGCCGGCAUCGACACCGUCUGGUAUCGAGAAUGCUGUCUACGAGUGUCGAUGGGAAAGCAAAUGCGACUUUCAGUUUGAAGAGUCGUCCGAUCUUCUCGAACAUCUUAUAUCGGAACCUAAUGGACACGUCUGGCAAUCGUUCGGUGCCAACAAAGAUAAAGAAGGAAUGGAAUUUCAAUGUCUUUUCCAAGGAUGCGGUCGUGUGAAGAAAGGCAUGCCACCAUUUCCCAAUUUUCAGCGACUCAUUCGUCACUGUAAAGAGAUUCACGUAACCAAACAAACGCCGAAAUCGAUUGCACCCGAAAACCGAAACAAAAAUUGCAUACAAAGUCGCAAAUCUAUGGCCGCAAAUCAAUUGGUCAACAAUCAGGUGUCCGCAACUAACAACAUAACAAUAGUACCGCAAACUGCACCGCAACUCAAUAUUAACCAUAACAUACUUCAAUCGCAAUCACAUCCCUGUCCCUCAAUUAGUAUAGUUGAUAGUAAUUCAACAACAAUUAGUUCAAUGCACCCGACACUAUCGCAAGCCAUUGGUGGCCUACAACAAGCAAAUAUGCCUUUGUUAAGCCCAUUUUGGGUACCGGGAGGUACCGGAGUUCAAGUGAAACCUAUUGAACCAGUAUUUGUGGGAACGCCUCCCCGGGCUAAUCGUUUACUACAUACGCACACAUACAUGAAAUAUAUUGAAAAAUUGAGUGCUGAAGGCAAAGAGGGUCGCCAUAUAAGCAAUUGGGAGACACAGUUGAAUGCAUCGCCCGAAACUAUACCCCAACAGGACAUCAACCGAUUGCCCACUCAUUGGUUGGCCAACGGUGCCGGCAAUCACGGCAAUGUUGUCAAUGCGCUGUGGGCUCUGAGAAACUUUAUGUUUAAGGACGCAUUGAAUCUAAACGUCACUAAUAAUAACUGAUUAUUUUUUCCUCUCUCUCUCUCUCUCUCUCUCUCUCUCUCUCUCAUACCCUUCAAUAUCGAUGCGAAAUGACAUUUCAUUUUUUUCAAUCUAUCAAUCAAAUCACUCAUUUAAAUAAUUAAUCUUAAUUUAUAAAAAAAAAAAUUAUUUUG